AUGGCUACAAUUAUUUCACCAAAGCAAUUUUCUCCUGUUGAAGAUGCAGAAAAUAUCAAGAAGGCUUGUCAAGGAUGGGGAACAGAUGAGAAGGCCAUAAUUUCGAUACUAGGACAUCGAAAUCUGUUUCAAAAGAAGCUCAUCAGACUAGCUUUUGAAGAAAUUUAUCAUGAAGAUCUCCUCCAGCAGCUUAAGUGUGAGCUGUCUGGGGACUUCCAGAGAGCUAUAAGCCUGUGGACUUUGGAUCCUGCUGACCGAGAUGCUCUCUUAGCCUACGAGGCCUUGCAGAAAACUACUCCUGAUUGCAGAGCAAUUGUUGAAAUAGCAUGUACCGGAUCCCCUGAAGAUCUCCUGGCCGUGAAACGUGCUUACAAAUUUCGCUACAAGCGUUCCCUUGAAGAAGACCUGGCUUCUUGCACCUCUGGUGAUAUUCGAAAACUUCUGGUUGCUGUAACAAGUGCUUAUAGGUACGAUGGUGAUGAGUUCGAUGAGACAGUUGCACAUUCUGAAGCUAGUGUUCUCCAUAAAGAAAUCCAUGAAAAGGCUUUUAACCAUGAGGAAAUGAUCAGAAUCUUGAGUACUAGGAGCAAAGCGCAGCUCAAUGCAACAUUCAACCUCUACAAAGACAUCCAUGGUCGUUCCAUCACAAAGGGUUUGUUGGGUGGUCCAAGUGAUGAUUAUUUCUCUGCAUUGCGUACUGUGGUCCGUUGCAUUAGAGACCCUAAAAAGUAUUAUGCAAAGGUGUUGCGAACUGCCAUCAAUAUGCCAGGAACAGACGAAGAUGCUCUCAGUCGUGUGAUCAUAACUCGCGCAGAGAAGGACCUGAAGGAGAUUAAGGAGCUGUACCUGAAGAGAAACAAUGUAUCCCUUGAUGCUGCGGUUGGUAGAGAUAGUUCCGGGGACUACAAGGCCUUUCUUCUAGCCUUAUUAGGGGCUGAGUGAUAUUAUUAACCUCUACAAUUUAAUUAGUAGUUAAGUUAGAUUUUUACUAAUUACUGAAC